CUAUUUGUGGAGUGCAUUCGCAGCCGGUGUCAUAUCUACGUAGACUUCAUAAGCUCACACAUCGUCAACAUGUCCAAGAUCGGAAUUAACGGAUUCGGCCGCAUCGGUCGCCUGGUGCUCCGCGCCGCCGUCGAGAAGGGCGCACAAGUCGUUGCCAUCAACGACCCCUUCAUCGGUCUGGACUACAUGGUCUACCUCUUCCAAUACGACUCCACCCACGGACGUUUCAAGGGCACCGUUGAAAUUCAGGAUGGUAAUCUGGUCGUAAACGGAAACAAGAUCGCCGUCUUCUCUGAAAGGGAACCCAAAGCCAUUCCAUGGGGCAAGGCUGGUGCCGAGUACGUGGUAGAAUCCACCGGUGUUUUCACCACCAUUGAAAAGGCAUCCGCCCACUUGGAAGGUGGUGCCAAGAAGGUCAUCAUCUCUGCCCCCAGUGCCGAUGCACCUAUGUUCGUCGUCGGAGUUAACCUUGAAUCCUACGACCCAUCUGCCAAGGUCAUCUCUAACGCUUCCUGCACCACUAACUGCCUCGCUCCCCUUGCGAAGGUCAUCCACGACAACUUCGAAAUCGUUGAAGGUUUGAUGACUACUGUUCACGCCACCACUGCCACUCAGAAGACCGUCGACGGUCCCUCCGGCAAGCUGUGGCGUGAUGGACGUGGUGCCCAGCAGAACAUCAUUCCCGCCGCUACUGGUGCCGCUAAGGCCGUCGGCAAGGUCAUCCCCGACCUGAACGGCAAGUUGACCGGUAUGGCAUUCCGUGUUCCCGUCCCGAAUGUUUCGGUCGUUGACCUGACUGUCAGGCUGGGCAAGCCCGCCACCUACGACGCCAUCAAGCAGAAGGUCAAGGAGGCCGCUGAAGGCCCCCUCAAGGGAAUCUUGGGCUACACCGAGGACCAGGUUGUAUCGUCGGACUUCAUCGGCGACACUCACUCGUCCAUCUUUGACGCCGCCGCCGGCAUCUCCCUCAACGACAACUUCGUCAAGCUGAUCAGCUGGUACGACAACGAGUACGGAUACUCCAACAGAGUCGUCGACCUCAUCAAAUACAUCCAGACCAAGGACUAAACAUAGUUAUUCUCUAACAUUAGAAGUAUCAUUUAAUUUGUCGAGAUUAUCGGCGCGUAUAUGUUAUAAGUUUUAAUUCUGUAUCUAAAUUAUUAUGCUACUUGACGAGUAGUCUGUUAAACAUGUUAUAUCAAUAAUACAGUUUUGUGCUGAAAAUGAUAAAUAUAUUGCAGUGCAUUAUUUUAAAUUAAAUUAUUAUAUAUAGC